AUGGCAUCUUCUAUGAGGAGCUUGCCCUCAGACCACAGCCGAUAUCUCGAAUCUUUUCGUCUGUUCCUUGAGAAUUCGACAGAGCACCAAUGCAUGCUGGAAUUCAUUGAGAAGAAGCUGCCGGGCAUAAUAUCGAGCAUUGGAAAUGGCAAAUCUGCAAUCAAUAUUCUAAGUGUAGGUGGUGGUUCAGGUGAAAUUGACCUUCAGAUUCUCUCAAAAAUACAGGCUAAAUAUCCAGGAGUUACCAUUAACAAUGAGGUGAUAGAGCCAAACGAUGAACAAAUCCUCAGCUACAAAGAACGUGUGGCUAAGACACCGAACCUUGAGAACAUAAAGUUUACCUGGCAUAAGGAGACAUCGUCUGAAUACGAAAGUCGAAUGAAUGAGAAAAAAGAGUUUAAGAAAUGGGACUUUAUUCACAUGAUUCAGAUGCUCUACUAUGUAAAAGAUAUCCCUGCUACUAUUCAAUACUUUCACAGUCUGCUGGAAGCUAAGGCUAAGCUCCUUAUUAUUCUCGUCUCAGAGCUGAUCCCUGAGGACUGAUACCUUGCUCAUCCUGCCAGCAUUUAUUUCAAGUAGCCCAAUAUUAGAGUCUAGUCCUGCAAAUUCUUACACAAAUAGUCCCAUGUAAGGGGAUUCACUACCCAUUUCUCAUGCAAAUGGGAUAUUAUCUGGGAAAACUAUAGCGGAAACCAGUGGCUUUUAUUUUCAAUUAUAACUGUACUAUUAAGUACUCUUCUUUGCUGGGCUGGGGGUGGGGAGAGAUCUUUGUCCCUAGUUGUACUUCUCUUCAUUCACGAGUUCUCCUGACACUGAAGUUAAAGGGACAGCAGGAUUAGGUCUCUGUGUCUCCUCCAAGAUAAAUAAACUGUGGAUUGCUUUUGGGUUUGACUUUCUUUACCUUAGAUUUGCCCUGCCCAGUGAAUUCUGUCCUUUACAUGAUCUCUUGCUAGUAAGGUACAGCACAUCAGCGAUGCGAGUGAAGUGAACGCCUAAGUGCCAGCUUGAGAUUAAGAAGCAACAAAACUGUCAGACACUGAAAUCUAUUUUUAUAUUUUGCCAGAGGAUGUCAACAUAAAUAA